CUUCUCUUCUCUCUCUCUCUCUCCACGGAAGAAAAAAGUAGAUCUAUCUUUGACGGUUCUCCCUCUCUCUCAAUCGUCUUCUUCACUCCUUUGCCUAUCUUGUCGUGUCUGAUCUGAUACUCUGGUUCCUGUUUAAAGGGUUUGGUCGGAAUAUAGAGUAAGAGAGAGUCUAUGGCCAGAAGCAAAGAUUAGGUUAUUGUCCUGAGGCAAAACAUAGCAGUUUUUGGUUUUUCUUGGAACCAUAAAGUUAAAGUCUUUUGCUUUGUGUUGUUGUUGUGUCUAAUUAUUUAAAAGAUUUGGAUGGUGGGAAGAGAGGGGAAUGAGGAAGCUCCUCCUCCUCCUCCUGGUUCCAAAAGAAUGUUUUGGCGUUCCGCCUCUUGGUCCGCUUCACGACAAGCUCCCAACAGUGAGGACCACCAACAUCUUACCAAUCCCUGUGCUAGUAGUAACUCUGGUCCGAGCCGUAGAUUCCAAGCUCCUCCUCUAACACCUCGCUCACAUCACAACAGCAAGGCUAGAGCUUGUUUGCCUCCGUUGCAGCCUCUUUCCAUUUCGAGAAGGAGCUUAGACGAGUGGCCUAAAGCAGGGUCUGAUGAUGUAGGUGAGUGGCCUCAUCCACCAACAACUCCUAGUGGGAAGGAGAGAUUAAAGCUUGACUUAUCAUCGACACAACAUAGAGUCAAUGAUAAAAGCUCUGGUUUAGCUAAGAGGGAGAAGAUCGCUUGCUUUGAUAAAGAAUGCUCCAAAGUAGCUGAUCAUAUCUAUGUUGGUGGAGAUGCUGUGGCCAAGGAUAAAGACAUAUUAAAGAAUAAUGGGAUCACACAUAUCUUGAACUGCGUUGGUUUUAUCUGCCCUGAAUAUUUCAAGUCUGAUUUUUGUUACCGGUCUUUGUGGUUGAGGGAUAGUCCAUCAGAGGAUAUAACUAGUAUUCUAUACGAUGUGUUUGACUACUUUGAAGACGUUAGGGAGCAGAGUGGGAGGAUCUUUGUUCACUGCUGUCAAGGAGUGUCACGGUCCACUUCGUUGGUGAUUGCGUAUCUGAUGUGGAGAGAAGGGCAGAGCUUUGACGAUGCGUUUCAGUAUGUGAAGUCAGCUAGAGGGAUUGCAGAUCCCAACAUGGGCUUUGCUUGUCAGUUGUUACAGUGUCAGAAGCGUGUUCACGCGUUCCCUCUUAGCCCUACUUCUUUGCUUAGGAUGUACAAAAUGUCUCCCCACUCUCCUUAUGAUCCUUUGCAUCUUGUUCCUAAGCUGUUGAAUGAUCCGUCCCCGUCGUCUCUGGAUUCGAGAGGCGCGUUUAUAUUACAGUUACCUUCUGCUAUUUACAUUUGGGUUGGGAGGGAGUGUGAGGGCAUCAUGGAGAGAGAUGCAAAAGCUGCUGUUUGUCAGAUUGCGAGGUAUGAGAAAGUGGAAGCACCUAUAAUGGUGGUGAGAGAAGGAGAGGAGCCUGGUUAUUACUGGGACGCUUUCGCUAGCAUUUUGCCUAUGGUUGGUGGGGACUCUGUUGUUAAAUCUCAAGCAGGUGAGAGGAAGGUGGAAGCAUAUAAUCUUGAUUUUGAGAUUUUUCAGAAAGCAAUUGAGGGUGGUUUUGUACCGACUCUAGCAUCAUCCAACAAUGAGCAUGAGACUCAUCUUCCUGCAAGGGAGAACAGUUGGAGUUCACUGAAAUGCAAGUUUGCGUCAAGGUUUGAGAGGGGGUUUCGUUAUGUCUCCAAAACACCACUUUCAAGAGUCUAUUCUGAUUCGAUGAUGAUUGUGCAUGCAUUAGGCUCACCUUCAUCAACAACGUCUUCAUCAUCGCCUCCUUUGAGACAUUCUUCUACUCCACCACCUUUGAUGCUGCCCAAGUUUUCCAGCUUAUCUCUCCUUCCUUCCCCAACCUCUACUGAACCAUCACCAGGUAGGAAGGCUUCUCCUUCUCUUGCAGAGCGUAGAGGUGGUCUAAAAGGGUCUCUGAAGCUGCCAGGCUUAGCUGAUUCCAACAAAGGCAUCACUUUACAUACUGAUGAUAGUAAUGACAUUGUCUUCAACUUGGAGGGUGUUAGAAAAGGUGAUCAAAACCCAGUAGAUGAUUGCAAGGAGGGGACAAUACCUUCUGACAGAACAGUAGAUUCAGAUUUGCCACAAAAGGAAAUGACAUCCUUAAACAGUUGCAUUAAAUCUGAUAAAGAUGAAUCAGGAAGUGGCCAGCCUUUAGCAUGUAGGUGGCCAAGUAUGGAGAUGAUUACAGAACUGAGCAGAGCUUACUUAGAUUCAGAUUCUGUUGUAGCAAUUCUGUUGCCAAGUGAUGAUGUAGGAGAAACCAAUAUUAGGAUUUUGUACAUUUGGAUAGGAAAGUCAUUCUCUUUCGAUAACAACUCUUCUAUGUUAGAUAGUAACAAAGGAAUAGACAGUGUGGAGAAUCUUGAUUGGGUACAGAUUGGUAAAGCCAUUUUGUCUCAGAUGGACUUGCCAAAAGAUACCCCUAUGAAGAUAGUUAGAGAAGCUGAGGAUCAAACAGAGUUUCUUGCUCUGCUAAGUGCGCUGUAGCGCCUGCGCGCAAGUUCAACACAUUUACUCUUCUUUUUCCUUUCUCCUUUCACAGAUUCCUUCCACCAACACGUUCCCAUUUUCUGUUCAGCUCAGGUCUCUCUCUCUCUCUCUGUGGUUAUGGAAGUUGAAGUUGAGAGAAAACAACUCUCUUGUACAGUUAGGAAAACUUAUUUCUGCGAGAAUGUAUUCCUCAAGGAGCCAUUUAUUAGCAUAUGUUAUAAUCAGAUGAAACUGCAAGGUUUAGGGGCUCUAAGAAGGUUUUAGAUUAUAAUGGAAUUUCUGCUUACAAUGUUUACAUAUACUCUCACCAGUUGGUAAACCUCCUUUUACGUUGUUCAAGUAAUGUACUGAAGUAGGUUUUGAAUUGUGUUGGAAGUGUAAUCCAAGAGUUGCUGUUUAAACCCUUCGUUUACUUAUCUCUUCCUCGUCCAGUUUUGAUCUAAAACAGCAAAACCAAAUAAAAUGGGCAUUUCGGUCUCUUUAAGUUCUUACUCCUCCUGUCAAUGCUUAAAAGACAUUCAUGUUGAUAUGUUUUUCUUAACCCAAAUUCGUUUUAACAACAGUGGCAUCUACCGUUUAUCAUUCUGUUUCUUUUAGUCUAUUUCUGUUCGAGUUAAAAAGGGUAAUAAAUUAAUUAAAAAAAAAAUUAAAAGAUGUAAGCG